CAUUCAUUCCCUUCCUCCCAUUCUUUCUUCAUUUUAUUCUCCUUCCUAUCUCUACAAUGGCUCCGGCAAUGGCGAUUCAGAGUAUUGUCGACGAGCAGGAGACGGAAUAUCAGAAGGGAGUGAAGCAAUUGUACGAGAAAGGGAUUAAAAAACUGCCCAGAAAGUACAUAUUGCCUUCUCAUGAACGACCCAAUAUCACUAGCAAUAAUGGUCACCAACACCAAUAUCAAGCACCAAAGGAUUUCGCGACGAAAAAUGGUGGCAUCAAGCAGAAUAUCCAGCUUCCGGUCAUCGAUUUCGCCGAGCUCCAAGGUCCCAAUCGUGCCCAGGUCCUCAAAUCCCUCGCCAAUGCCUGCGAGAAUUAUGGGUUCUUCCAGGUGGUGAAUCACAACAUUGGCGACGGAGUUAUCAGCGACAUGAUCGACGUCGGGACGAGGUUCUUCGGGCUUCCGUUCGAGGAGAGGUCCAAGUACAUGUCGGCGAACAUGAAGGCGCCGGUCCGGUACGGGACGAGCUUCAACCAGAACAAAGACAAUGUGUUCUGCUGGCGAGACUUCCUCAAGCUCAUGUGCCAGCCUCUGCCGGAUGUGCUUCCUCAUUGGCCUUCUUCCCCACAAGAUUUUAGGAAAUCGGCGGCUACCUACGCGAAAGACACCAAACACUUGUUCGUCAUGCUGAUGGAAGCCAUCCUCGAGAGCCUCUCCCCGGCGCCUGAAACGGCUGCGUUUCCAACCGCCGACGGCGAGGUCGUAGAUGAGAUGGAGAAGGAAUUAAUGGAAGGAGGGAGCCAGCUAAUGGUGGUGAACUGCUACCCGCCCUGCCCGGAGCCCGACCUUACUCUGGGAAUGCCGCCGCAUUCCGAUUACGGGUUCCUGACCCUUCUCCUCCAAGACGACGUCGCAGGGCUCCAGAUUCAGCACAACGACAAAUGGGUCACCGUCGAUCCCAUCCCCAACGCCUUCGUCGUCAACGUCGGCGAUCAUCUUGAGGUAAUUUUUAGCAACGGGAGAUACAAAAGCGUGUUGCACAGAGUCCUGACGAAUCAAUCGAGAAAUCGUAUCUCCGUCGCAUCUCUGCACAGUCUGCCAUUCGAGUACACCGUUAGACCGUGGCCGAAACUGAUCAGCGAACAGAACCCACAGCGUUACAGAGACACGGAUUUCGCCACGUUCCUUCAAUACAUCUCAUCGUGCGAGCCCAAGAGAAAGAACUUCUUAGAAUCCAGAAAAAUAUGCUGACAAAACAGCAAAAAAAAUUAAAUUAAUGAAAUUAUACUACAGCCAUAAGUUGACUUUUUGUUAGAGUACGUACGUAGCUUCAAAUUUUUCAUGUGUAGCCAUCAUGAUUUGUUCUUACUAUUAAAUUUCUCCCUAACUAUGUAUUAAAAGAAUAUGUAGGGUUGGGGACAGCGGUGUAUUAAAAAAAAAUACCAAUAUUCAU